GAACAAAAUAAAUGAGAAAAAGAAGAAACAAAUUUAAAAUCCGUGAUAUCAUCUUGUUGAAUCUUGAUGAGUUGUUGAAGAGCUGCGAUCCCAAUUACAAAGAUUAUUAUUGAGCUAUACAUACAGAAAACAACCUAUAGAUACAGCUAGCCUAUACGUAUUCAUCUAGAUGAACUGUAACAAGACAAUGUAGAAGAAAGAUGGCUCAGCACAGGCAAUCUGGUUCGGAUAGAGAUAGGGUUUGGAGUAGGAACGGUGGAUACGAUCAGGUUUCCAUCGGGAUUCGUGCUGGGAAUCAACAGCACAAGCAGUCGCGACUUUAUCGCCGAGGUUUUCGCGGUCGCAAGAUCUCAAUUAGUGCCCUAGCUGUUGCUCUCACUCUCGCUCUUGCUUUUGUUGUCUCUGUUUUGGCUUUUGUGUAUCUCUCUGCUGAUAAAGGAAUAAAUGAUUAUACUGUUCCAGAUGAUGGUGUGGUAAAUGAUACAGAUUUUCUUACAAAUGUAACACGGACUGACAGACUGAAGGUUCUAGAAUUUGGCCAGGGUUCAGUAACUCAUGGCCGCGAUUCACGGUAUUGGGACAAGGAUGAUAGAAGAAGGGAUGAAGACUAUGACGAGGAGGCAGUGGAGCAUUCUACUGUGGGUGUUCAGGAUGGGUCCACAGGUAAUGUUCGUAAAGGGAUGAACAGUGACAAGAAGUCUUCGUUUGCUGAACUGCGCAAGGUUACUGAUCAUAAAGGCAUUGGUUUAUAUAAUGAAGCUGGUCGUAAUGAACUAAAAAUGUAUGAAGCUGAGUAUGAAGCUUCUUUGAAAAGCGUCAAGGGAUUAAAAAGUGAAGGCGAGAAUACAAAUCAGCUAUCAAAUGAUGCAGCUAAUGGCAUCCAUACCGAGGAAGUCGAUGCUGAUGAUGAGUAUGAUGAUGGUAUUGAUUUACAUGAUUCAAGAUCUGAAGAUUAUGAAUAUAAUGAUCUUGGACAGGGGGAGAAUUAUAAAGUACCAAUAUCUCGUGGUGUAGAUCCUAGAGGGUCUUCUAGUGUAGGAGAUUCUGAAAAAAAGAGGCAGAUGAUAGAGAAGGAUGUAGAAGAGUCUUCAUCCAAUGUAUCUGAAGAAAAUUCUUCUUUAAGCUCUCUAAACUCGGAUAAACUCAAGGUUAGUUCCAGGCAUGUCAGUGUUAUUGGCAAUCAAUAUUCAAAAAGGUCUAGUUCUGAAAAGCGAUCAGGUUCCAAGAAGAAGACAAAACGGCACAAAUUUUCUGGUUCCUGUGAGAUGAAGAUAUCAAAUUCUACUUCACAAUUAGUAGAGCCCCUACAAAGUAAAAAGUUCUCCCGAUUUUCAUUGCAAUAUCGAGAAACUGAAGAGAAUAUAAGUGGAGAACAGUGGUGGGAACCAAGAUUUGCUGGGCAUCAGAGUUUAAAAGAAAGGGAGGAAUCAUAUGUCGCACAGGAUCAGAAAAUAAAUUGUGGCUUUGUGAGAGGUCCACAGGGAUCUCCUAGUACUGGAUUCGACUUGGGAGAAGAUGAUUCAAAAUACCUCAGCAGUUGCCACAUUGCAGUCUCCUCAUGCAUCUUUGGAAAUUCGGAUCGUUUGAGAGUACCAACAGGCAAAACAGUCUCUACACUGUCAAGGAAAAAUGUCUGCUUUGUAAUGUUUAUGGAUGAAAUCACUCUGCACACCCUUUCUUCAGAAGGGCACAGGCCAGACACCACAGGGUUUAUUGGUUUAUGGAAGAUUGUAAUGGUGAAGAAUCUGCCUUAUACUGAUAUGCGUAGAGUUGGAAAGAUACCAAAAUUUUUGUCGCACCGUCUUUUUCCAUCUGCAAGGUAUUCAAUUUGGCUGGAUAGCAAACUACGUCUGCAGCUUGAUCCUAUGCUCAUUUUGGAGUACUUUCUAUGGCGUAAAGGUCAUGAAUAUGCCAUCUCAAAUCAUUACGAUCGCCACUGUGUGUGGGAAGAAGUGGCCCAAAAUAAGAAGCUCAACAAGUUCAAUCAUACUAUCAUAGAUGAACAGUUUUCAUUUUACCAGGCUGAUGGAUUGAAAAGAUUCAAUGCAUCAGAUCCAGACAAACUUCUCCCUAGCAAUGUUCCUGAAGGGUCUUUCAUUGUAAGGGCACACACACCGAUGUCAAACUUGUUCUCCUGUCUUUGGUUUAAUGAAGUUGAGCGGUUUACUCCUCGUGAUCAGUUGAGUUUUGCAUACACAUAUCAGAAGCUGAGAAGGACGAAUCCUAGCAAACCUUUCUAUCUUAAUAUGUUCAAGGACUGUGAGAGGCGGAGAAUAGCAAAACUCUUCCGUCACAGGUCAGAAGAGAGCAAAUAUAUUGCUGGUCAUGCUACGGAGUAGAAUAUGCAUUUUGUAUUGCGCAGGUAGCUCAUCCAUUUUGUCACCAUUUUAUAGUUGGCCACACUCAUACAGGUUGUUGCUUCAGGAAGAUAUCUUCUCUGAAGAUCUUACAUAAUGCGCUGUUUGUAGAAUGAUGUUGUAUAUUACCAUUCUACAUGAAGAUAUACUGGGAAAUGUACAUUUCUCUUAGCAGGGGUUGAUUGAGCAAGAUCACUUGCCUGCUUCCAUACUUUCAGCUUCGUGAUUAUAGUAUCAAUUCAAUAUUUCAUUCUUUACCUAAGUUUCAAGGCAUGGUAGAGGCAACCCAGUCCCACCACAUCGAUAGCUAUCUGUUUUAUAUCCCAUUAUUUUAUAGUUUCAUUUUGUUCUUUGAUAAAUUUGUGGAGGGAAUUUGUAAACCUGUACUAUACAAGUGUAUUUGUUGUUGUAUAACAUUAAUCAAAUCCCACUAUUACAUUUUGUGUUAGUUGGGCGGUGAAAUGUGAUUUUGAGACUUCUUAAAGAGUUAAA